AUGGCUUCGAAGGUGGUGUCAGAAAGUACCGUAACGUGCGUCAGAGAAUGGAUAAUUCUAUAUCUAUCUAUCUAUCUAUCUAUCUAUCUAUCUAUCUAUCUAUCUCUCUAUCUAUCUAUCUAUCUUAGUCUUUCAUAUCUAUCUAUUCUAUCUAUCUAUCUUAUCUAUCUAUCUAUCUAUCUAUCUAUCUAUCUAUCUAUCUUAGUCUAUUCAACAAAUAUCGAAUAUCUAUCUAUCUAUCAUAUCUAUCUGUAUUUUAAUCUAUCUAUCUAUCAAAUCUUACAUCUAAAUCUAUCAUUCUUUCUAUUCAUUCAUAUCAUCAUCAUCAUCUAUAUAUUUUAUUCAUAUCUAUCUAUCUAUUCUUUCUAUCUUCAUCUAUCUUUUAUCUAUAUAUCUAUCUAUCUAUCUAUCAUUCAUCUAUCUAUCUCUCAGCCUAUUCAUAUCUAUCUAUCUAUCUAUCUAUCUAUCUAUCUAUCUAUCUAUUCCUAUUCCGACUUGCAUAACGAUUUCUCUCUGUGUAUAUUGCCAGACUUAACUUGUCUUCUUUCUUUCUUUCUUUUUCUUUCUUUCUUUCCUUCUUUCUUUUCUUUUCUUUCUUUCUUUCUUUUAUUUUAUCUGUAUCAGUCCAUUUCUAUCUAUCUAUCUAUCUAUCUAUCUAUCUAUCUAUCUAUCUAUCUAUCUAUCUCAGUCCGUUCAUUUCUAUCUAUCUAUCUAUCUAUCUAUCUAUCUAUCUAUCUAUCUCAGUCCGUUCAUUUCUAUCUAUCUAUCUAUCUAUCUAUCUAUCUAUCUAUCUAUCUAUCUCUAUCUAUUCAUUUAUCUAUCUAUCUCAUCCGUUCAUAUCUAUCUAUCUAUCUAUCUAUCUAUCUAUCUAUCUAUCUUCCGUUCAUAUCUAUCUAUCUAUCUCUAUCUAUCUAUCUAUCUAUCUAUCUCCAUGUACAUCAUUCUGUUCUUUCUUUCUUUUCUCUUCUUCUUCCCUUUUUGCCACCCCCACAUUGUGCCAUCUAUUCCCCCCCCAUAUUCUGCCAUCCAUUCUCCCCGCACAUUCUGACAUCCAUUCUCCUCCCACAUUCUCCUAUCCAUUUUCCCCCACAUUGUGCAAUCCAUUCUCCCCCAACAUUCUGCCAUCCAUUCUCCCCCCACAUUGUGCCAUCUAUUUUCCCCCACAUUGUGCCAUCCAUUCUCCCCCCACAUUGUGCAAUCCAUUCUCCCCAACAUUGUGCCAUCCAUUCUCCCCCCCACAUUGUGCCAUCUAUUUUCCCCCCACAUUGUGCCAUCCAUUCUCCCCCCCACAUUGUACCAUCUAUUUUCCCCCACAUUGUGCCAUCCAUUCUCCCCCACACAUUGUGCCAUCUAUUUUCCCCCACAUUGUUCCAUUCCCCACAUUCUGCCAUCCAUUCUCCCCCACAUUGUGCCAUCCAUUCUCCCACUCAUUAUACCAUCCAUUUCCCUCCCCAUUGUGCCAUCCAUUCUCCCGCCACAUUGUGCAAUCUAUUCUCCCCAACAUUCUGCCAUCCAUUCUCCCCACAUUCUCCCAUCCAUUUUCCCCCACAUUGUGCCAUCCAUUCCCCCCAUCAUUCUGCCAUCCAUUCUCCCCCCUACUUUGUGCAAUCCAUUCUCCCCAACAUUCUGCCAUCCAUUCUCCCCCCACAUUGUGCCAUCCAUUUUCCCCCACAUUGUGCCAUCCAUUCUUUCCCAUAUUCUGCCAUUCAUUCUCACCCACAUCUGCCAUCUAUUUCCCCCCCAACAUUUUACCAUCUUUUCCAUUCAUACAAGUUCGUCAGUUCGUUAAGUGGCCUGUUUCCUUCCCCUAUCUAUUUUGCCCUUGAUAUGCCCCGUGAGAUUUAA